AUGGAUGAUGCAUUUACCAUUCAAAUAAGCGGCAACUUAGUUAAACAGCUAGCUGAUGAGAGUGAAGAAGAAAACCAGGAAACCAAAACCAAAGACACCGAAAAUUCAAUUCCCCAACAAAACCAAGCCAAACCCACCAAUCAGAAGGAGAUCCAUGACGAGUCUCAAUCAAACCCUAAAAGGUGUGGGAUCCCUGCCACCGCCGGAUGGCCGCCAAUGUACCUCCCAAUUCCUCCACCUGCUAAUCCUCAGGUUGAUGCCAUCCGUUCCGUCCUUGAAGACAGUGAAAGGGUUUUGGAAAAACUAAAAAAGCAAGAAGAGGAGAUGGUGGUGGAACUGGAAGUAAAACAAAAGGCAAAGGAACUUCAUGAUAAGGAGUUUAAACUUCCACAGCCAAAACCCAUGGCCUGUUGGGCCGAUUUAACGCCCUGCCUUGAUUGCUACAAAGAAAAAUGCCAAUUUACAGAUUUUCUAAAACAUAUAUACAGAGAAUCUUACGUGUUAUAG